AUGAGCCCCCUUCGAUGGGGGCUGCUGCUCGGCUGCCUGGGCUGUGCGCUCCCGCCGCGGGUGCGGGCGCAGUUCCCCCGCGUCUGCAUGACGGUGGGCAGCCUGCAGGCCAAGGAGUGCUGCCCGCCGCUGGGCGCCGACACGGCCGACGUCUGCGGCUCUCGGGAGGGCCGGGGCCAGUGCGCGGAGGUGCAGACCGACACCAGGCCCUGGAGCGGUCCUUACGUCCUGCGCAACCAGGACGACCGAGAGCGGUGGCCACGGAAGUUCUUCGACCGGACCUGCAGGUGCACAGGAAACUUCGCAGGCUAUAACUGUGGAGACUGCAAGUUUGGCUGGACUGGCCCCAACUGCGAUCAGAAGAAACCCCUGGUUGUCCGGCAGAAUAUCCACUCCUUGACCCCUCAGGAGCGGGAGCAGUUCUUGGGCUCCUUAGACCUCGCAAAGAACACGCCGCAUCCCGACUACGUGAUCACCACACAACACUGGCUAGGCCUGCUCGGGACCAACGGCACCCAGCCACAGAUCGCCAACUGCAGCAUUUAUGAUUUCUUUGUGUGGCUCCAUUAUUAUUCCGUUAGAGAUACAUUAUUAGGACCAGGGCGCCCAUACAAGGCCAUCGAUUUCUCACACCAAGGCCCCGCCUUCGUUACCUGGCACCGCUACCAUUUGUUGUGGCUGGAAAGAGAUCUCCAGCGCCUCACUGGCAAUGAGUCCUUUGCUUUGCCCUACUGGAACUUUGCCACCGGGAGGAACGAGUGUGACGUGUGUACAGACCAGCUGCUUGGGGCUGCAAGACAAGAUGAUCCGACUCUGAUUAGUCAAAACUCCAGAUUCUCCAGCUGGGAAAUUGUCUGUGAUAGCUUGGAUGACUACAACCGCCGGGUCACCCUGUGUAAUGGAACCUACGAAGGUUUGUUGAGAAGAAAUCAAGUGGGAAGAAGCAGUGAGAAAUUGCCAACUUUAAAAGACAUACAAGAUUGCCUGUCUCUCAAGAAGUUUGACAAUCCUCCUUUCUUCCAGAACUCUACCUUUAGCUUCAGGAAUGCCCUGGAGGGAUUUGAUAAAGCAGACGGGACCCUGGACUCUCAAGUGAUGAACCUUCAUAAUUUGGUUCAUUCCUUCCUGAACGGGACAAAUGCUUUGCCACAUUCUGCUGCCAAUGAUCCUGUUUUUGUGGUCCUUCAUUCCUUUACUGAUGCCGUUUUUGACGAGUGGAUGAAAAGAUUCAAUCCCCCUGCGGAUGCCUGGCCUCAGGAGCUGGCACCCAUUGGUCACAAUCGGAUGUAUAACAUGGUUCCUUUCUUCCCUCCGGUGACUAAUGAGGAACUCUUUUUAACUGCAGACCAGCUUGGCUAUAGCUAUGCCAUUGAUCUGCCAGUUUCAGUUGAAGAAACUUCAGAUUGGACCACAACCCUCUCAGUGGUUAUGGGGAUGCUGGUGGUCUUGGUUGGUCUUUUUGCACUGCUGAUUUUCCUUCAAUAUAGAAGACUUCGAAAAGGAUAUGCACCCUUAAUGGAGACACAAUUAAGCAACAAGAGAUACACAGAAGAAGCCUAG